GAGAGCGUCUAAGCGCCGCGCUGCGAGUGCUGGUGCGGGAGAGCUUCGGAGCUGCGCGCACCCUGGCGCGCCCUUCUCCGCAGGGAUGUCGGCGAGGAGAAGGACCGAGGCGUUUGUCCCGGCGGAGGAGAGCGACCAGCUGCUGAUUCGGCCCCUAGGUGCUGGCCAAGAAGUAGGAAGAUCAUGUAUUAUCUUGGAAUUUAAAGGAAGGAAGAUUAUGCUUGAUUGUGGAAUCCAUCCUGGCCUGGAAGGCAUGGAUGCACUUCCUUACAUUGAUCUGAUAGACCCUGCUGAGAUUGAUCUCCUUUUGAUUAGCCAUUUUCAUUUGGAUCAUUGUGGAGCAUUACCAUGGUUUUUGCAAAAGACAAGUUUUAAAGGAAGAACAUUUAUGACCCAUGCGACAAAAGCAAUUUAUAGAUGGCUUCUAUCAGAUUAUGUUAAAGUUAGCAAUAUUUCAGCAGAUGACAUGCUGUACACAGAGACAGACCUGGAAGAAAGCAUGGACAAAAUUGAAACGAUCAAUUUCCAUGAAGUAAAAGAGGUGGCAGGAAUCAAGUUCUGGUGUUACCAUGCAGGCCAUGUUCUGGGAGCAGCCAUGUUUAUGAUUGAAAUAGCAGGAGUGAAGCUUUUAUACACAGGUGAUUUCUCAAGACAAGAAGACAGACAUUUGAUGGCAGCUGAGAUUCCCAAUAUUAAACCUGAUAUUCUUAUAAUUGAAUCCACCUAUGGGACGCACAUCCAUGAGAAACGGGAAGAGCGAGAGGCCAGAUUCUGUAACACUGUACAUGACAUUGUGAACAGAGGAGGUAGAGGACUUAUCCCUGUGUUUGCUUUGGGAAGAGCUCAAGAAUUACUUUUGAUUUUAGAUGAAUACUGGCAAAAUCAUCCUGAGCUACACGAGAUACCUAUAUAUUAUGCUUCUUCUCUGGCAAAGAAAUGUAUGGCAGUGUAUCAGACCUAUGUCAAUGCCAUGAAUGAUAAAAUCCGCAAGCAAAUCAACAUCAACAAUCCAUUUGUGUUUAAACAUAUUAGUAAUCUAAAGAGUAUGGAUCAUUUUGAUGACAUAGGCCCCAGCGUUGUAAUGGCUUCUCCCGGCAUGAUGCAGAGUGGCUUAUCCAGAGAGUUGUUUGAGAGCUGGUGUACUGAUAAAAGGAAUGGCGUCAUCAUAGCAGGCUACUGCGUGGAAGGAACACUUGCAAAGCAUAUCAUGUCUGAACCUGAAGAAAUCACAACUAUGUCAGGACAGAAGCUCCCACUGAAGAUGUCUGUGGAUUACAUUUCUUUCUCUGCACACACAGACUACCAACAAACCAGUGAAUUUAUUCGGGCGCUGAAGCCUCCCCAUGUGAUCCUGGUGCAUGGGGAACAGAACGAAAUGGCCAGGCUGAAAGCCGCACUGAUCCGUGAAUAUGAGGAUAAUGAUGAGGUUCACAUAGAGGUCCAUAAUCCUAGGAAUACUGAAGCUGUGACACUAAACUUCAGAGGAGAAAAGCUUGCUAAGGUGAUGGGCUCUCUGGCAGAUAAGAAACCAGAACAAGGACAGCGAGUUUCAGGAAUAUUAGUUAAAAGAAAUUUUAACUAUCACAUACUUUCUCCCUGUGAUCUCUCCAACUACACUGAUCUUGCCAUGAGCACUGUGACACAGACACAAGCUGUUCCAUACACUGGCUCCUUCAGUCUUCUUUAUUACCACCUGCAAAAACUAACAGGUGACAUAAAAGAAAUAGAAGUCCAGGAUAAGCCAGCUCUGAAGGUUUUUAAAAACAUUACUGUUGUCCAAGAACCAGGCAUGGUAGUGCUAGAGUGGGUUGCAAAUCCUGCUAAUGAUAUGUAUGCAGACACAGUAACAACAGUGAUCCUGGAAGUUCAGUCAAAUCCCAAAAUUCAUAAAGCUGUGAUACAUAAAAUUCCUAAAAAAGAAGAGAUUGAUGCAUAUCACAAGAAGAUGGAGAUUAUGCUUCAGGACAUAUUUGGAGAAGACUGUGUAAGCGCAAAGAAGGAUAAUAUACUGAGCAUCACAGUGGAUGGAAAAAUCGCAAAUCUUUCAUUGGAUACACGGACUGUUGACCAUGAACCAGGCUGUGAAGAUGAUGAUGAAAUGCUUCGAGAAAUGGUGGAAUUGGCCGCACAGCGACUCUAUGAUGCCAUCACCCCUGUACAAUAAACAAAUUGAGCAUUGUAUAUAUUGGGGACCAAGCGGGGGCGGGGAGGGAGGAGAAUCUAAUUCAUUUGUAUUCACUGGUUUUUUAAAAAUAAAUAUUGCCCCAAAAGGCAUACUGGAAUAGCUCCUUUCUGUAUAUGUAAUAUUGUAGUAUUGUGUUAUAAAAAAGUGAUCUUUUUAAAUGAGGCCCAGUGUCCAGAAAUACAGUAUUGUAUAUAUUACAUCAACUAAAACCAUAUUUUGGAGCACUCAUCUGUUACAAAAAUAAAUCUUUGUUUCCUUAA